AUGGCGACCGGUCCAACUUUGCCUAGUCUUGCAUCAUUGGAGCCUGCCGGCCAAGGUCCUUCCGCACAGGUGCUCCAAAGUCCGGCUCGGGGGAUGGAGCCUGAUUUAUCUGCUACCUCGCAGGCAUCCUAUGGCCCGACGGAGCAGAGGUCGCCUGUCUAUCGCUACGGCGGCCCUGGACGAGCGCCCUCCCAGCCCCCGCCUGGGCUUCGAGUCUUAUCCGCCGGGGCGACGAGCGGAUACCAGGCUCACGGGCCUCACGAGGGCUAUCAGUCCGGCUCGACAUCCUAUCAGAUGACGCUGGACACUGAUCAAGGCCCGAUGGUGGUGCCUGUGCAGUUGGAUUUGCAGCAAGCGUCCAAAGUUGCCGAUGAAAAGAGAAAACGCAACGCAGGGGCAUCGGCCCGGUUUCGAGCACGGAGAAAGGAGAAGGAGAAGGAAGCCUCCCAGACCAUUGCCGGGUUACAGCAAGAACUUCGGGCGUUGGCAGAAGAACGAGACUUUUAUCUCUCGGAACGAAACUAUUUUCGCGGGCUUGCCAGUCUACACGUUUCCCCGCCGCUCUUACAACGACCUGCUUCUCCCCGACUGCGAAGACUCGGGGCAGCAACGUCGACAGCAGGAGGAGCUCCCGGCGCGGCAAAUGCACUAAACAUGGAGGAAUCGUAUCGUCUCUCGCCUGAAUCAGGCUCGACCGCUCAACGGCGUCGUACCGGCGACUAUCAACCCACCUUCCUUGGGCGACAGACCGAGUCACCCUCUACGUCUUCUUCGGGGGUAGGCUUCCCGAUGGAACCUUCUCUCCCUCCACCACCUCCGCCUGGCGGACCAAGCUCCUACGGGACACCUAGGUCCAUGCCUACAGGGCCUCCCGCUCCUUCGUCAAUGACGCAAGCACAAUCUUACGAUCCUUUCCGACGAGAUCCUUUCGACCGAUCAUGGAACUCUGGCCGGUCAUAG